GCAGCUGUGGCUGCUCCAAAGAGACGCUAGUUGGGGUCUAACACUCCCUUCUCUCCCAUCCCUCCCCUCUUUCCCUAGGCUAAGGCCGCGGAUACCUCCGAGAGGGCAGCGGCAGCUGACGGAGCCGGAGCCUCCCACCCCAGGAUACAUCGAAAUCUGCGGUGCCUGCAGGAGAACUCGACUCGAGGGCCGAAGUGCCGCAGCCAUACCGUCUCGGACUAUACCAACUACUGGAACCGGGGCGAGGAGGCGGAGCGUCGGUCCUGGCGCCGAGAGCGACAAACGGGAUUCGUCCAAUUCUGGGCGCCCCGAGAGGUCGAGCUGUAACCCCGCCCCUUCCGCCCCUUCCUCUGUCCGUAACCCGUUGGCCCUUCGUUUUGGUACGCUCCAAGAUGGCUGCCUCCAUAGUGCGGCGCGGGAUGCUUUUGGCGCGGCAAGUGGUUCUUCCACAGCUCUUCCCUGCAGGUAAAAGAGGCCUGCUUUCUGCAGCCUAUGUAGACAGCCACAAAUGGGAAGCAAGAGAAAAAGAACAUUACUGUCUUGCUGAUCUUGCAUCUUUAAUGGAUAAAACAUUUGAGAGAAAGUUGCCUGUUAGUUCUUUAACAAUAUCACGGCUUGUAGACAACAUUUCAUCUCGGGAAGAGAUAGAUCAUGCAGAGUAUUACCUUUACAAAAAGAGAGAAUGCUCAUCUAGCAGUCCACAGAAUCAUUCCAGAUUUCGACACAGCCCCAACUGCUGGUACCUGAGAAACUGGACUAUCCACAGCUGGAUUAGGCAGUGUCUAAAAUAUGAUGCACAAGACAAAGCCUUAUAUACCCUUGUAAAUAAGGUUCAAUAUGGAAUUUUUCCAGAUAACUUUACAUUCAAUUUACUGAUGGAUUCUUUCAUAAAGAAAGAAAAUUACAAAGAUGCUUUAUCUGUGGUUUUUGAGGUCGUGAUGCAAGAAGCCUUUGAAGUGCCUUCCACCCAACUUCUCUCCCUCUAUGUUUUAUUUCAUUGCCUGGCAGAGAAGACAGACUUCAGUUGGGAAGAGGAGAGGAACUUUGGUGCAUCCCUAUUGCUUCCAGGCCUAAAACAAAAGAACUCAGUGGGUUUCAGUUCCCAGUUGUAUGGCUGUGCACUUCUUGGGAAGGUGGAGUUGCAGCAAGGGCUACGGGCUGUGUACCACAACAUGCCUCUGACAUGGAAACCAGGCUACCUUGACAGAGCCCUGCAAGUGAUGGAGAAAGUGGCUGCCUCCCCAGAAGACAUAAAGCUGUGUAGAGAAGCGCUCCAUGUGCUGGACGCAGUGCUGAAGGCUGUGACUUCAGCUGAUGGGGUUUCAGAGGAGCAGUCCCAAAAAGAUGAAGACAAGCAGGAGUGGGAAAAACUGGUGGAGCAGUUAGACAUCGAGGAAACAGAACAGUCGAAGCUUCCUCAGUACCUGGAACGAUUUCAGGCCUUACAUUCUAAGCUUCAGACUCUGGGCAAAAUUGAGUCAGAAAGUCUUUUAAGUCUGACCACCCAGCUUGUCAAGGAAAAACUCUCCGCCUGUGAAGCAGAGGACAUCGUCACCUAUGAGCAGAAUCUGCAGCAGUGGCAUCUAGACCGUGUACAGUUGAUCCAGAGAGAACAGGAACAGAGGGAGAAAGCGAAGCAGGAGUACCAGGCUCAGAAAGUAGCAAAGGCAUCUGCCUAAUUGGGUCCCCCAGGACCCCACCCCUCUCACAAAAACUUCACUCAACCCUGUGCCAGGAUUCAGCAGUGGCCUGGACAGCAGCCUCCACUUUCUCUACCCAUCUUCUUUUCUUUAAGCAGGCUAUGUGCCCUACAUGGCAAGGCACCAUGACUGCCCAUCGAGAUGCCAAGAAGGGCUGUGGAAUUAUGCAGGUGGCUAGUGGUCAGACUGAAGUCACCGGCUGAAUACCUUAAGGAGGGCUCUUGAGGCUCAUGAUGGAGUUCCUGGGUCACAGGGAUUAGUUAUGAGCAUUAAAGUUCCUAAGACCCAGUAACGGUACUGGGAGAAACCAAGGCUGAAGAGUUAAGUCUGAAGCAUGGGCUUUUCUUUUUUGUUGUUUUUGUUUUUUGAGACAGAGUCUCACUCUGUCACCCAGGCUGGAGUGCCGUGGUGCAAUCUCAGCUCACUGCAACCUCCGACUCCUGGGUUCAAGCAAUUCUCCUGCCUCAGCCUCCUGAGUAGGUGGGAUUACAGGUGCGCACCACCACCCCCGGCUAAUUUUUGUAUUUUUAGUAGAGAUGGGGUUUCACCAUGUUGGUCAGGCUGUCCUUAACCUACUGACCUCAAGUGAUCUGCCCGCCCCGGCCUCCCAAAGUGCUGGGAUGAUAGGUGUGAACCACCGCGCCCAGCCAAGCACAGGCUUUUGAAUGGUCUCCCUCUCCCCAGCCCAGGCACAUGAGGCCAAGGUGAGCUGUGCAUCCUGAGACCUUGUGUCCCUGAGUCUCCUCUCUGAGUGCAAGCUGCACUAUGGGCUGGCUGUAGGAUACUCACACAUUCCCACGUUCUCCUUUCUGGCACAUCUUGCCCUUCUGGACCUGCACUGGGAGAAAUUCAGGACAGGAGUGAACUCAAGGCCAUGAACUCGCUGGAUUUCAGUUUUUAGGCACCCACUGGGACGUUUUUAGGAUGUAAGAGUUUUUGAGGAGAAAGCUAGCUCUAGCAUGAAGCCUUUUUGGCUUGGCUUCUCCAUCGUGUUGGGGUAACAUUUUUUUUUUCCAAUUUUUUUUUUUCUAAAACAUUAUCUCAGCUCAUUUAUCAAGUAGGUGAAAUGAGCCUUUUGUGUACACACAGGCACAUGUGCGCACACACAGCUUGUGAACACACAUUUUCUGUUGAAGUUAGAAAAUGAGAGAUGGGUUGAGGCUUGAAGUGCGUCAGAUACGAAUGUUGUCAAACUGUCAGGAGAUGGAAGAUUCCUUUCUGAAGUUUCUCGUCUGUGAAAGUGGUCAGGGCAGAUUUUGCUUACUGUGUAGUGUUGCCCUUAAGUACAGUGGUGUAAUUUUAUUCAAGAUUGUCCUCUUCUGUCAAAAACCUCUGGAAAUAAAUGUUUGGGAUCACGUUA